AUGAGGCCCCCUGGUGUCAAAGCUCAUGGAAGGGGCUUCCACAGGGGCGCUAGUGAGCCAAGGUAUAAGUCGGACCAGCUCCUGAGGGAGCCUCCAUCAGAAGCCAUGCAGGCGUUGAUGCUACUGUUGCUGACCUUUCGCGUUCAGGGGAGCAUUCAGCAGAUAAUUCACACACUGGAAGUUCCUACAGUGGUCAAAGGGGACUGUCUCCAUGACGACCGCAGUUGCUCUGCUUUGACAGGCACACAGGAGGUGACGACUCUAUCAUCUCACAUCAACCAGCUAUCAUCUCAAAAUUCUGAAGGCGUGUAUGAACAUGUUAAAUCCACUGAGAUGACUCCAGCAAAUCCAGGAACCAGCAAACUGAAACUUCUGCAAAAGCAAGAUGGCGAUAAUGAACCAGAUGCUUUAUUCAUGCAACCCCUAUGGACACCAACACUUUCACCCAAUCAGGAUUUAACUCAAGCUCAUUUUCCUUCAGCUGCACUUGAGAAGGACACAUUACUUUUGGGAAAUGUUGAAACUACUAUUUCAAGUCCUCACGUUCAGCCUGAGCAGCCUACAGUUUCAGGUCCCGCUUCGGAAUGGACAAGUUCAGAGAGCUAUACGCAAGUUAAAGACACCACCGUGAACUUUUGGAACGUGGUUACCAGCAGCCAUUUAUCAACUGAACCUGGAGAAUCAGCACCUUCAACAGAGGAACCGCCAGUCUCCACUGUUUUGGUCUUCAGAGCAGAAGGAGGAGAAAUAUCUUCUGAAAACAAAAUGGAGGAGCAUUUUCAUGUACAAGUGCCAAAUCCAAAUGAGUCUACUCAGACUCCCAGCAAAGAAGCAGGAAGUAGAAGCAAGCUGGAAACAGAACAAAUAUCCAAAGAGCUUCCUGGAACUGACAGCGAUGAAAAUGAUGAAGACUUGAGAGUGGAGAAGCAGGAGGAAGAAGGGCCAAAUAACCUUCAACUCCCUGAGGAACAUGAGCCACUAUCAACUGGCAAUUUUACUACGUUUAGCCCUGCAGAAUCCUUCCAAUUAGAGCGUGAAUUACCAUGGAAUGCUCCUACAACAAUUAGCAAUCGUCCUCAACACGUAAGACCAGGGACUCAAGGUCAAAUGGGCCUGCCUGGUCCACCAGGUCUGACCGGACUUCCAGGCCCAAAAGGAGACAAAGGUAAUUUAGGCAUGGUGGGAGGAACUGGACAGACUGGAGUUAUGGGGCCCAUUGGUCCACCUGGCUUGUCCACUAUUGUUCUAGUUGAGACAUCUGAGGAGGAGUGGGAGAAACUGAAGGGGCCUCCAGGACCUCCUGGACCUCGUGGAAAUGUGGGACCAAUUGGGUUGUCUGGAAAUCCCGGGAAGCAAGGCCGGAAAGGAAUUUGUGGAAAAAUUGGUGUACCUGGUCCACAAGGUAUGCCAGGGCCACAAGGCCGACCAGGCAAUGAUGGGACUCCUGGGGAGAAUGGAGAGCCAGGACCCCCUGGCUUGCCUGGAGAACAGGGACCACAAGGCUACAAUGGAGAUAAAGGCAACAAAGGGGAGCCGGGUGAGUGGGGUUAUGAGGGGGAGCCUGGACCACCAGGCAAUAGAGGUAGAAAAGGAGACAAGGGGAAUAAAGGUGUCAGAGGCAUCAUCGGGAUUCCUGGCUACUUGGGAAUAGCAGGAGCCAGGGGUCCAACAGGUUUCCCCGGAAGAUCAGGAACACGGGUUAGUGCUGCUCAAUGA